AUGUCUCGCGGCGGAACCACACUUUAUGUUACAGGGUUUGGACCUGGUACCCGCGCUCGCGAUUUAGCCUACGAAUUCGAACGCUAUGGCCGGCUUGUUCGUUGCGACAUACCUGCGCCACGAACCGCAGCGAGCCGUCUGUUCGCCUUUGUUGAGUAUGAGAGUCGUCGAGACGCCGACGAUGCUUAUCAUGAGAUGCACAACAAGCGUAUUGGGCACGAUGACCUUUUGAAGAUCGAAUGGGCUCGUACUCCCCCGUCAGCCUCUUGGCGAUUCGAUUCUGGCCAAGAGCGGGAGCGUGCUCCGGCGAGACGUCGGUCUCCUCGCAGAGGUGGUCGCUCUCCUUCUCCUCGAAGAAGUCGUGGUGAUUAUUCUCCUCGCAAGGAGUCCCGACGAGAUCGUGACCGAGACUAUGAUCGCCGAGACCGCGGUGAUCGUGACCGUUCACGUAGCCCGGAUGACAGAGAUCGUGAGGCCAAAGACGAACGCGAUGAGGGUCGAGACCGUGACCGCGAGCGGGACAAUGGCACCAACGGGGAUGAAAGGAAAGGCAAGUCAGAAAAGUCGAGGAAAACAAUGUCACUCUACUAA